AUGUGCAAAGUUUCAGACGGAGAACAUUUCCUCAAGUCAUUUCCUGGUGGUAUUAAUUACGGUGUCACUGCGUACUCGGUAUUGCGAAAGGCGAAGACCGAACUCUGGCAGAGUACCAGCGUUCUGGACGGCCCCACACUAUUCGGGUCGCGGCCGAUAGCGCAGCACUGCAGUAAUCACGGACUUCGGCCACCGCCCCCGGCGCUAGCCGAGAGAUCGCGCGCUGGCUCGGGCCCGUUGAAGUCGACCAACGAGGCGGCUAAUGGCCGCCGAGCUGAAGGGAUUUUCGAGUUGCAAGACCUCAUUAUCCCGUCGCAGCUGUUCGAUUUUCCGUUCCGUCGGGUGAUUAAUUGUGAACGCGAUGCGGUACGGCGGCCGUGGAACGCCUCGUUGAGACCGAAGAACGUUCGCGUGCUU